AGAGAGAGAGAGAGAGAGAGUGAAUGCAGCUUGCAGUCGAGCACUGUGGAAUUACAGGCAACAUGCAGGCGAAAAGGAGGGGGAUGAAUGAACAUAAAAGGACAUUUAUUUUAUUCUCUCCAUCACUGAAUUCUCUUCAGUGAGGAAUAUAGCGAGGGGGAGGGGGAACAAGUGUCAAUCAAGGGUUUUCUCCAUCAUCAGGGAACGGCCUGCGAAUUUCUGUCCUGGGGUGUCAUUGCAACUCUGUUCCACUGUGAGUCACCUUUUCCCUGUUGUGGGGGGGGCUCCGACAGCUCUCCCAUUGGUAUUCCACCGACCGUUUCUCCGAAUCCCUGUCUGCUCCUGCUCGGGAUGAAAUCACAGUGCCGGAAUUGUGUUGCCCGUGGAGCAGGAACUGAGCUGGGGUUCAUGCCCCCAUGUGCGGCCUCUCCACUGCAGGACCUCUUCCAGGGGCCACGCUUCCCACCAUGGGUCUUAGCUGCCACAUGCUAGCCAGCAGCAUCCACCAAGAUCGCCAUAUUUCAUUCGACACCUGUCAGAUGAGAACCGAAGGAUUCAUGCUGGUUUUGGAUCAAGUCGAAUUUGGACUAGUUGGCUACUCACAAAGGGCCAAAAUUUGACCUGGUCUGGUGCAAAUUCAUCUGCCUUAUUGAAAUAUUAACUUGAAUUUAGGUUUUGGUCCACUUCUAGAAUCUGAAGAACCCAUUGGUGCCAGAAAGGACUGGAUGUGCACAGUUGAGGGUUUGGGUCACGUUACCUUCUGCCUCUUGGAUUGGAAUCCCUAGUUCAAGUGACCCAAGGCCCCCUUUUCUCCUUUGUGUCUGGUGAUGGACCUGACGUGAAGGAAACACUACACCAGAGAUACCCAGCCUAAGAAUGUCAGAAUGGAUUUAAGGGGAAUAGCUGAGUCUUUCACCUGCAGUCUUCUUAAAGACCUUUGGAGUUUUUCCAUGAUAUGAUCUAAUAAUUUUGGGAAUUUGAUUAUAAGCACCUCUGAGAAACUGGAGCCUCCCCGAAAUCUCUGGCUUUUUGAUUUUGAUCAGAGAUACCAUAUAAACUGUAGAAAUUUUUUAACCCAUAACCAUCCAGAGUGGAGUAAAUCUUGAUGCAACAUUCUUUAUCUGUUACAUUUCUCUGAUAAAGUGGAACAGGGGGAGGAACAGGGACGUUGCUGAAUAAUGAGCAGUGGCGCCUAAAUGGGGGAGGUAGGAGACACCUGACAGCACAGGUAGAGAGGGAGGUCGAAAAGCAAGAUUAUACCUAAAGGCCAUAGGUUUUUGUUUUGUGCCUUCAGAAUUACAGGUGGAAUGUUAUUGUGAUGGACCGGGCAAAGGGCAGCAUUCCAGUCGGGGGGCAGUUAGAGUCAAUUCGAGAUGCCUGCCUGAUGCCAUUCCUAGGAUGAGCCACACUUGUGAGAUCAGCCGUCAUUGUCGUUCCAGGCAGUGAGCACAGGAAGGCUGUAAUCGGCUCUAACGACGGGCGCUUGCUGAUGGACGCCUGGGUCGUUGCUGCAAUCAGGGCUGAUUAAGAGGAUUCGGAUGCAUCCUCUGGUGUGUUGCUCAGGUACAGAUACGCAACGCGACUGCUUCUGGAAGUGUGCAGUCCGGGGGGGAGGGAGGAGCGAGACUGAGAAAAAGAGAGAACAGGUGGGAAUAGACACCUUCAUCUGUUUUUGAUUUUGUUCUGUGUGUGUGUAUGUUUUCCUCCCUUUCUUCAUCUCGACUCAAGAUUGCGAUUGAAUGCCGGCUUUGAAUAAGCGAGAGAGGCCUGCGACCGCCACAAAGAGAGAGACGGGGACAGGGGGAGUGUGAGGGAAGGCGAGAGAAGGGCCUUUUUUGCCUCAAAACCGCGUUUUUUUCCCUGUUGCAGUCUGUGAGGUGCUCUGUCACUCUGUCCCUGCUGUUCCUCUGUGAAAGAGAGAGCCAGCGUUCCUCGCACUCUUCCUCUGCUUCUCUCCUUUUAUUGUUCCCCAGCUGCAGACCUUUUUUCCCUCACACUUUUUUAAACAAAGGAAUAUUGUUUAAUCAGAGGUCAAACCCAGGAAUCUGCCACUUCUAAAGUGAACCAUCAGCACCCCCCACUCUUAAUAAAUAAAUAAAAUUAAAAUCUUUUGGAAUCCUUGUCCACCCCUGCUCUCUACAUUCAAACUGCACUCCCACAUCUGCUCCCCCAGCUUGGAUAUUGUGUCCCCCUGGAUCCUGUUCACAUGUCUGCCAGGGCUGCGUUGACUGGAUACCACACUGACUUAUGGAAAAAGGCAUCUAGUAUCGUCUGAUUCAUUCUGUGGCGGAACAGGCAGCCAGAAGACCAUUCUCCAUGAGGAGCAGUAGAAGAUGCCGGCUCUGCCAGCGCUGCUGCUGUCGAUUCACUUCGUCCUCCUGUUACUGACCAUAGCCCCGCCCUCUUACAGCCAGGGCCUGGUGCUGUCCUCCGUCCGAAUGGCGGCAAUCCUGGAUGACCAGUCUGUGUGUGGGCGAGGAGAGCGCUUGGCCCUGGCUCUGGCCCGUGAAAACAUCAACAGCGUGAUGGAGGGCCCAGCCAGGGCUCGUGUGGAGGUGGACAUUUUCGAGCUUCAGAGAGACUCUCAGUAUGAGACCACAGACACUAUGUGUCAGAUCCUACCAAAGGGUGUGGUCUCAGUCAUCGGCCCUGCCUCUAGCCCCGCCUCCGGAUCCACUGUCAGUCACAUAUGCGGGGAGAAGGAGAUUCCACAUGUCAAAAUUGGUCCGGAAGAGACACCGAGACUUCCAUACCUGAGGUUCGCCUCGGUCAGCCUCUACCCCAGCAACGAGGACCUCAGCCUCGCCAUUGGAGCCAUUCUGAAGUCCUUCAGCUACCCAUCAGCUAGCCUGCUCUGCGCCAAGGCCGAAUGUCUCUUGCGAUUGGAGGAGUUGGUGCGGCGAUUUCUUAUCUCCAGGGAGACGUUGUCCAUCAGGAUGCUGGAUGACAACCUGGACCCCACCCCUCUGCUGAAAGAGAUUCGUGACGACAAAGUGGCGACCAUCAUUAUUGACGCCAAUGCCUCUAUCUCUUAUCUCAUCCUUAAAAAGGCAUCAGAGUUGGGCAUGACAUCGGCGUUUUACAAGUACAUCCUUACCACCAUGGACUUCCCCCUUCUCAGGUUAGAUGACAUUGUGGAUGACAACUCAAACAUCGUAGGCUUCUCGAUGUUCAACACCAGCCACCCAUUCUACCUGGAGUUCAUUCGAAGCCUCAAUCUGUCUUGGAGAGAGGGCUGUGAGCUCAGUCCCUACCCUGGGCCUGCGCUGUCUUCAGCCUUGAUGUUUGACGCUGUCCACGUGGUGGUGGGUGCAGUGCGGGAGCUAAACCGCAGCCAGGAGAUCGGGGUGAAGCCCCUCAGCUGCACCUCGCCACAGAUAUGGCAGCACGGCACCAGCCUGAUGAACUACCUGCGCAUGGUGGAGUACGAUGGCUUGACUGGGCGAGUAGAGUUCAACAGCAAAGGCCAAAGAACCAACUACACCCUCCGAAUACUGGAGAAACACAGAGUUGGUCACAAAGAGAUCGGAAUCUGGUACUCCAACAACACACUGGCUAUGAACUCCACCACUCUGGACAUCAACGUAUCAGAAACUCUGGCUAACAAGACCCUCAUUGUCACCACGAUACUGGAAAACCCUUACGUUAUGCGCAAGGGCAACUACCAGGAGUUCCAGGGCAACGACCAGUAUGAGGGCUUCUGUGUUGACAUGCUGAAGGAGCUGGCUGACAUCCUGAAAUUCUCUUUCCGGAUCAAGUUGGUGGACGAUGGCCUGUAUGGAGCUCCGGAACCCAAUGGCUCCUGGACGGGCAUGGUGGGGGAGCUCAUUAAUAGGAAAGCAGACUUGGCUGUUGCCGGCUUCACCAUCACAUCCGAGAGGGAGAAAGUCAUUGACUUUUCCAAACCUUUCAUGACGCUUGGAAUCAGCAUCUUAUACAGGGUCCAGCUGGGCCGAAAGCCGGGUUACUUCUCUUUUCUGGACCCCUUUUCCCCAGCUGUAUGGCUCUUCAUGCUGCUGGCCUAUUUGGCUGUCAGUUGUGUGCUCUUUCUAGCUGCCAGGCUGAGUCCGUAUGAGUGGUACAAUCCCCACCCUUGUCUACGGGAGCGCCGGGACAUGCUGGAGAACCAGUACACCCUGGGCAACAGCCUGUGGUUCCCCGUGGGGGGGUUCAUGCAACAGGGCUCGGAGAUCAUGCCCCGCGCGCUCUCCACCCGCUGCGUCAGCGGCGUCUGGUGGGCAUUCACCCUAAUCAUCAUCUCCUCCUAUACGGCCAACCUGGCUGCCUUCCUCACGGUACAGAGGAUGGAGGUGCCCAUUGAGUCCCCUGAUGACCUGGCAGACCAGACCAAUAUAGAGUACGGCACCAUCCAGGGGGGGAGCACUAUGACCUUCUUCAUGAACUCGCGGUACCAGACAUACCAGCGCAUGUGGAAUUACAUGCAGUCGAAGCAGCCCAGUGUGUUCGUAAAGAGUACCGAGGAGGGCAUUGCCCGUGUGCUCAACUCCAAAUACGCCUUUUUGCUGGAGAGCACCAUGAACGAGUACCACCGGGGACUGAACUGCAACCUCACACAGAUCGGCGGCCUGUUGGAUACCAAGGGCUAUGGCAUCGGCAUGCCGCUGGGCUCUCCAUUCAGGGAUGAGAUCACACUGGCUAUUCUGCAGCUCCAGGAGAACAACCGGCUGGAGAUCCUCAAGCGGCGCUGGUGGGAGGGAGGGCGCUGCCCCAAGGAGGAAGACCACCGUGCCAAAGGUCUUGGGAUGGAAAACAUUGGCGGCAUCUUCGUGGUGCUGAUCUGUGGGCUGAUAAUUGCCGUAUUUGUUGCCAUCAUGGAGUUUGUGUGGUCGACGCGGCGCUCAGCAGAGACAGACGAGGUACGCCCUCGCCCUCGGCCCGGCCAGACCCAGAGAACCGGCCCAAUCUCUGUGUGCCAGGAGAUGCUGACGGAAUUUCGGAACGCCAUCUCGUGUAAGAAGAGCUCCCGUUCACGGAGACGCCGGCCCCUGACCGGCCCAGGAGGCCCUCGCCACCCCACGCGCCUUUCACUGGGGGCUCCGCGGCCCCUCCGGUUGGUAAGGGAGAUGCGCCUCAGCAAUGGCAAGCUAUACAGCGGCUCGGGGCCCCUGACGGGUGGUGCAGGGGGUGGGGGCGGCCCCUCGGACAUGGGCCCGGGGCCACAGCGCCUGCUGGAGGACCCACUGGGAGCAAAUACGACUCCCUCACCGGUGCCAGCGGCACCCCCACGUUCCUGCACGCACAUCCGCAUCUGUCAGGAGUGCCGGCGGAUACAGAACCUGAGGGCCAGUUCCUCCCGGAUCCCCCCAUCCUCUGCCCCCCUACCCAGGCUCCCCCCACCACCCCCUCCUUCAUCAUCCAACACUGACAGCGAGGGCGGAGGGGGUCCCAGUCCACGCCGGCUGCAUCACACCCCCCCUCCACGCCCAUUACCCCCAACACAGACCAGCACCAGCGCAGACCUCCUGGGGGAGCAGGAAUGAGGAGAUCUACAUGGUUUGGGGAAGGAUCUCCAUGUGCCAUCUGGAGAGAGCCCAGACUCAGCUGAGGAUCAAGCAUCCAGUGAAAGACAGAUGAUUGGCCAGAGUGCGGCGAGGAUGGAGAAUGAGUCCCGGUCACCCCACACAAACCCAGGCUCUGCUGGGCACUACAGACCCUCUGCGUUUCGUCUUUAUUGUUUGCAGUUGUUUAUUUUUGCCAUGAAUGACCCUUGGCACAUUUGAUACAUGUCCGUCACAUAUCCCCCCCCCGCCCCCCACUGCUGGAGUCGGGGGUGAAAAUGCAUGAAGGGUUAGAUUUUGUAACGUGCUGAACACCCAUACCCUGCAGCUCAGGGCUGGGUGCCAUGGCAACAGCUCCCUUGCUGACUCUGUGGACCUGUGAGUUGCCCUGCUGACACUGGUUGUGCAAAAUAGGACCACCCGGAUCGCAGCAUUGCCGAGCUCGCUGGGUGCCGGCUCCCCUUAAGUAAGAAGUGCCGUGAGCUGCACUUGAGCUUUUAGACUCCUGCCCUCUCCCACCUGUGCAGCUGCUGAGGCUUAGCUCCGCCCACAGAGCAGCAGACUCCGCCCACAACAGGAGCCUCCUCCUUAAACCCAAGGGACUUCAGUCAAGUGCUCAGACUUGAAUAUAUGUGACAUACGAAAAGAGAGGGAGGGAGGGACCCCUCAGCAUUAGACUGGAAAAUAUUUUUUUGUCUUUUAUUGAUUAUUUCUUUUUUUCUCUCUUGCUUUCUCUGGUCACUGUUAAUCCGGCUCGGUUGGGAGGUAGCGGGAGUGUGUGGAGUCCAUGGCAGUUGGUCCGUUGAACUCCACGAGACCUACACUGCCCGUACCACGGCCUGCGGCCCAUGCCACUCCUGGAGCUGGCGGGAUGAGCUGGGUCAUUGUGGGGGUCUGGCUAAGAAGGAUGGCUGGACGUGAGAGCAGCAGGACUGGAAGCUGGGGGCUGUGGGAUGAGUUUAGCUUACUGUGUGCGUGUGUGUGCAGGUUUAGGACCACAGUAUGAGCCUGGCCAUUGCCUGAUUCACCCUCAGAGUGCUGAAGCUGGGGUCUGGGUUUCCCCAAAUGAAACAUCCCUAUUUCAUUGCCACCAGAGGAAUUGGGAAACUGUUAUCCUGACUAAUAAGAAUUAAUAAAAUCUUAAUUUUCCAAUUAAUUUUUCUGAUUAAGGCAGAAAUGCACAGAGGCGUUCUGUAGUAUUUUGUACUAUGUCACACUGACUGGGCAGAAAUAUUGAACUAUGAGAGGGAGGAUACUAAGUGCACAACCUGUGAGGUUAUGGUGGUAAAAAAAACAUGAAGCAUUAAUACAGGCCUGCCGCCGUGCUGUACGGAGCUCCAUUUCAGGUUGCCACUCAUGAAGCAGUACAUGGGAGGUAAGACAAUGGCGUCUGAGUGACAAUUUCCUGACCCAACGUCUCCCCUAAUUAGAGCACCCCCUCCGCCACCUGCAUCAUCGUCCUCCACCACUCUGCUCUGCUGGUGACUCGGUGUAGAGUCUUUCCUAGUCAGCAGACUCCCUCCUGACACUGUCACUCCCGGACACAGAGCCAAGCUGUGUGACAUUCUCUCUUUCUGCAUAGUGUCAAGCUGCCACGUUUCAUGCUUACAGGACAAAUAAGGGAUAAAUGUGAGCAGGAAUUUGGGGGUCUUUGGGAAUUCCAUGGUCUGUCGGUGACUAAUUCCCAGACUGUUUUGAGGAUUGCAGCUGAAAUCACGUCAUUCGGAAGCUUGACAUCCUUGAUCAGCAUUGUCAAGUGUAACAUGCAGGGAAGUGGACAGACAGACGGAGAUGGUGAUUAUUUCCAUUAGUAUGGAAAGCAUCUGAAGUCAAAUCUGUGUUAGACUUCCACUUAUACACAAUUUUGUCAUGAACAUUUGCUGUUGAGUUAGCUAGUGAUGGGGAGAUCUUCAGUGCGAAGCCAGCCAAACGAAUUCAAAGAGAUUCCAUGCUGAAUCGCGGGACAGCGCAUGCACCGAGCCAAAAAUGAAACGGGUGUAUUCCUCCAACCCCUUUUUGCCCCCCUGUUAACAGAUGUCCUGGCUAAAGGCUAAAUAACGAACAAUGAAGUCCUGAAAGACACAUGUAUGUGCAGUGAGGUAAAUGCACACACAGAGGGUGGAGGCAGGUCACUGUCUCAGAUCUGCUUUGAGGUUGUGGGGAGGGAGAGGAAAAGCCGCAGUUCACACUUUCCUCACCUGUGACUUACUGAGAAGUGAAGGGAGCAACACAGGUCACCACUGGUGGGAAAAACAACAACAAAAACAGAAAUCAUAUAUUUUUCAUUUACAUUUUUUUUCCUUCGUUAUUUUUCAUAUUUCUAUACUAGUGCUAAAUGGAUUAAAAGGACAAUGACAAAUAUUAUUAUGAUUAUAUUGUUGUAAUAAUUAUUAUUCCUAUUGAGGCACAGGGGUCAGUGGGAGGGGACUGGGAGGUGUGGUGGGAAACCGGCUUUUGGGGUGGAUGUUACAUCCUCU